AUGGAGCUCUCCAUGGCCACGCGCGGUCGACAGAAGAAGCCCACGGAUCGCAGCACCAGCGCCGUGGACGGGCGCCGGCUGCUGCGGGCGGUGCUGCCGCAGGGCGGCUGCCAGGUGGUCCUGAAGGGCACUGCGGAGGACCAGAUGGGUCUGCAGCCCGCGGCCGGGCCCGCCAUCACGGCGGCCGCGGCGGCGGCCAGCCGCCGGGAGGGCAAGGAGGGCACCCCGCCGGUGAUGAUCGUCUCCGGCGAGGCCUUCGCCGCGCUGGCCAUCGGCCAGGGCUUGCUGCUGCCGCCGGACCCCUUGCAGUAUGGGGGGCAAGACGACGAGGACCUGGUGAAGGAGGUGGCUCAAGAAGUCCAAGUGCUCGCAGAGGAGUAUGGCAUGUUGCUGGACCUCUACCGCGGCCUCCGCCAGGACUUGAAACGCACCUUGCGCCUGGUGCCGGACUACAACACCGACGAGCUCCGGGGCACCCUGAAGAGUGUCAUGGUGCUGGACAACGAGGAGCGGGUCCUGGUGCCGGCUCCUGUGCUGGAGACGGAGUUCAUCGGCCUGGGCGAUGGCUCCAACGUGCCGCCCUACCUCCGCUUUGUGGGCUCCGUCUCCAUCAAGCCCUUCAGGGAGGAGGCUGUGACGGGGCUUUGCCAGGAGCUCUGGGUGGAAAAGACCACGCACGUCCUGCUUGAGGAGGAUAGCGGUCGUCCGCAGCUGGCCCUUGACAUGUUUGUGAAUGACAAGUUUUUGCCCGCAAGGGCGAAUGGCCGCGCGCAGCAGAUGGAAGUGAUGUACAACUUCCUGCUGGCUUUGCGGGACCGCACCACUUUGAAGCAAUUGAGCGAAGGAGCUCACGAGGCCUUGGGCAUCUCGAGCGUCGCGAAGCCAGGCAGGCGCCGGAGUAACCUGGGCCGGCGCCGGAGCUCCUUGAAUCGGCGCCCCUCCUGCCAGGACCUGGGGAACCUGGGCCGCAAGAUGGCGGAGACCUGCCCCAGCUGCGGCAACGUCUUCGCCGCAGACGCGCUCUUCUGCCGCAUGUGCCGGACAAAGCGGCCUGGAGCCGAAGACGAGACUGACCAGGAGGUCUGCCGCUGCGGCAACGUCUUUCUGGCCGACGCGGUCUUUUGCCGUAGGUGCGGCGCUGAGAGGCCCAAGAGCGAAGCGGCAUUGGUGAAGAGCAGGACGCAGGAUUUGCUGCUGGAAGAGUUCAACCCCUUCGCUGAGCUCCUCUAUCGAGGCUUGCUGCGGGACCUCCAUGAGGACACCUUCCAUGACGCCUCCACCAUGCUGUUGAAUCUCUGCUGCUGCUUGGUGUGCUUGCAGCAUCGCUUUGUGUCCUCUGCAUCACGGGUGGUGGGGGAGGACGAGGAGCGGCCCCUGGAGAUGAACGUCUCGGUCCUGAGCGCGGUGCUGCGCCUAUUCUUCCCCCGCAAGCCCCGGGAGCACCUCACGGCCUUGAAGACCAUCCUGCAGCCCACAGCACAGCUGCAUGCGGUGCGAACCAGGGACAGGCUCAAGAAGGAGCGCGUGCAGUUCCAAGAGGAGACCUUCUUCACCCAGAAGCAUGCGCUGCACAAGCCCGAUGCGCCGCUGCCGCCCAGCAUUUCGCUCAAGGAGAUGUUUUGCUUGCCGGCGGUGGAUGGCUGCAAGAUGCAGGGCGGGCAUAAGCAGCUGCUGGACAACCUGCUCAGAUAUCCCUCCAGCUUUGUGCAGGAGCUGCGGCGGCAGCAUCUCCUAGAGUGCAUCCUGUCGGCUGAGAAGCUUCAGAGGGCCUUGCGCGUGAACCGCAAGCACCACGCGGGCAAAGAUGAGGAGACUGCGCAUCAGCUGACCGCUAAAGAGAUCUUGGAAGCCCUGGGCAAAGCGGACAGGGACCUUAGCCUGGACCAGCGCCACAUCUACCUCCUGCGAGGCUUUGGUCGCCGACUGCCAGACAUGCCCAGCACAGCGGAGGACCUUGGGGAGGCCUAUGUGGCUGCAGGGCGGGCGCAGAAAGUGCGAAAGAUGCUGCAGGACUACUCCAACGAGCUCGUGGAGAGCGGUGCCACCGUGGUCUUGCAAGACUUCAUGCAGAAUCUGCACAACUCGGGGGUGGUGAAGGGCGGCAAGCACUGGGAGCCAGAGAUUACGCUCCAGAACGUGGCGGAAGAGUCGGGCAUCACCUCCAUGCUGGUCACCGCCCCCGGCAGAGCCGUGCUGGAGGAGCUCACUUCCGCCCACAUCGCUUCAGGCACCGCACGAGAAGAGGAGGGCGUCACCCGCACGGAGCCUGAGGCGCGCGCCCCGGAGAGCCCAGAACCAUUCGAGACCUACCGCUGGCUCGCAGAGCUGGGCCACAACGUGCAGGAGCUGAGCUUGGGCUAUUCCGCCAUGUACCUCUCCUACUGGGUCAACAACUCUUUGUGA